AUGCAAGAAUCUUCUCUUUCCUUUUCUCCUAUAUCCUCUGAGGAGGCUGGCUAUUUCAAGCUGCUGGAGCUCACUCCAGAGUUGGUUACCCUCAUAGAAGAAGCAACCAUCCAGCAUUCAGAUGGACCUAGUCUUGUUGUGAAGGGCCAACCGGGCGAAGAUGCCGUCAUAUGCACAGUCGAUAAGACGUAUUCUAUGCGGACCGUUGGCCUGUCCAAUUCGGUGCUGGUCGUUACACCUCCGCAAGACGCAUUCGCUUCCAAGUUCACUGACAACGGAGUCGUCAUCCGCGACCAACUAAAUGAAAUAAUCGAGCUCGCACCUAUUGUCCCAAAAUUACACAAGCUGUCAACCUUGUUACGCGGUAGGGAAUAUGAUGAAGAGCAUGACGAGGAUGCGAGUUCGACACCGAGCUUCACAUAUCAGGAUGCGAGAGAGCUCAUCCAAGCCAGUGAUGCAGAACUGAAUAAAGGUUUAAGGGAAAGACGGAUACUCCAUAUAAACGGUGCUCGUCCUUUUUUCCUAUCAAAUCAAGUAUUUACAGCUUCUCCAGGCGACUUGCGCCCCAUUUCUUUGACGUAUCUCAAUCAACUACUGGAACUUGUCCUCAACCUGCUUGUGUCCUUGUCACAGCCGGAUACAGGCGCAUCUGUGGAAGACAUAUCUUCGGCCCUCGCUAAUGACCAUGACGUUCCACGAGUCGUCUCUACACAAGUGAUGUCCUGGUUUGGCGACAUCCACCAAGGCAAGUGGAAAAUUGACGUCGAUUGCGUGAUCAGGGAGGUCGGUCUUGGGAUAUUAAGAAACCACAAGCACGAACCCGUUGCCGGGGAUAUUUUUGUUGCACAAUGGAGGUCUCUCGUCGGCGACUCCUUUGAGCAUGCGGUUUCGUUGCCUUUGCUUGCCGUGAGUUACUUUGGCAUUUAUAUUGACUGUCAAGCGCAUUUAUCGUCACUACAACAGGGAAACUAUCUCGUUUCCACGAUGCACGACACACAAUAUUUGACAUACUUCCCCGCAUCCCUAUUACCCAUCGACCCAGCUGCACGCUUUUCGCAUCUUUUCCUGACUCGUCCCCGAUGGAAAGGCGAUGAAAUUUCGCCUUUCCUGUCUGAUAUUGCCGUCAAUAACAAAGAGCGAGACAAGCUUCUCCUCAAGCAUUGUCGAGCUGUAACCGACUCUGAAGGUGUAUGGUACACAGCACGAGCUCAGUACAAUGGAUGA